UUAGCUUAAAGGGCAUAGAGUGAAUGAAUGAAGUCUUUCCCCAAUCCUCUCUGAUUCUUCUAUCUUCUUCUUCUUCUCCUAAUUUCUCUCUCAUCUUCCUUUUUGUUUUUUUUAUCUACGUGACCUGUCUAAUUUCUAAUCAAUUUGGAGUCAAAGUGCCACGCCUAAUUGUAUAAAUUUUACUGCAGAUUUAGACGUCUCACAGUUGGAAAGUGUCAGCUCAAGUUCACGGCAAUGGCGGCUGUUCUCUCUCUCCUUCCAUUAAAUUUUCACUCUCCUGUUAUGUCGACAAAGCCCCGGGCUGUUCUUGACAAAGGAAGCAAAAUGCGAGUCUCUUAUGGAUUGAAGAAGGGACAGUCUCGUCUUUUUCAUGAGCUCCCUUCUGGGCUGAAUAUGGAGGUGAUUGUACAGAAGGGUGUUGUGGAUAAUAAAGACCCAGAUGAUAAAUGCCUGACAAGAAUUGAAAACCCAUCUCUGGUUUUUGUUCAUGGAAGCUACCAUGCUGCUUGGUGCUGGGCUGAACACUGGUUACCCUUCUUUUCAUCCUUUGGCUACGAUUGUUAUGCUCUUAGCUUGUUGGGCCAGGGUGAAAGUGAUGCGCCUACUGAUUCUGUUGCUGGUACACUCCAGACUCAUGCAGGUGAUAUUGCUGACUUCAUCCAUCGUACACUCAGGUCACCACCAGUGUUGCUUGGACAUUCAUUUGGAGGGCUUAUUAUUCAGUACUAUAUUGCAAGUAUUAAGAAUGGCCAAAGUUUAGGGAAAGAAAAUUUGUAUCCCGAGCUUGGUGGUGCUGUACUUGUAUGCUCUGUUCCCCCCUCGGGUAAUAGUGGCUUGGUUUGGCGCUAUCUGUUUUGCAAACCUAUUGCUGCCUUUAAGGUAACACGAAGCUUGGCAGCGAAAGCUUUCCAGACUUCUCUGCCACUCUGUAGAGAGACAUUUUUCUCUGCAAAUGUGGAGGAUCAACUGGUUUUACGUUAUCAGGAGCUAAUGAAAGAAAGUUCAAGAAUGCCAUUGUUUGAUCUGAGGAAGCUGAACGCAUCACUUCCGGUACCUUCAGUUCCAAAAUCUUCUAUUGAUCUUCUUGUGUUGGGUGCAGAGAAUGAUUUCAUAGUGGAUGUCGAAGGUCUAAACGAAACAGGCAAAUUUUAUGGCAUGUCACCAGUAUGUGUGGAAGGGGUUGCCCAUGACAUGAUGUUGGAUUAUUCAUGGGAGAAAGGCGCAAAAGUUAUUCUAUCAUGGCUAAAUGGUUUAAAGCAAAAUGUACCACCUUAGUUUAGAUUUUUUAUUUAUUAUUAUCUGCGGUUUGUUGGACCAUGUUGUAGAGAUUACUGUAUUAUAUUUUGCUUAAAUAAACUUAACACGCCCACGCCCAAAAAGCCCGAAAAGGUGUCUCAUA